GCCCCUGCCUCUUUCUGCGGGGUGUCCUGGUCCUCUCCAGGAAAUACCACUGGACCUGACGUGUGGGCUUCGUGCUGGUCGCUACCUUCUUUCGCUCUGGCUCUGAGGCUGAGAGCUUUCGCGGAAUCCGGCGCUUGGGGCGCUGUGUAGUACAAGCUGUCGCGGUGACUUGGCCCUGGAACCCGACUAGGCCACCGUACCCAUCAGACGCCCCAGUUCUGAGUCGUCCAACGCGUCUCGCUCCGUUCUUGCGGUCUGCUCGGCCCUGGCGGUAGCGGUUGCUCUCUUGUCUCCCAGCCGCAGUGAGGAUUCGCGAGACGCUAUUUGAUGCUCAGCGUGCUUGCCGGGUGUCUCGCUCUGCUACCUUUGGAGUCUUUCACUAGAUGUCUCCACCACCCACCGGCACCUGCUGACCUACACUCCAGGGAGGCGUUCGGUCUUAAUUCCUCCUUUGCCCUUGGUGCUAUCAUCUGGGCCUCCACAGAUUGAACAAUCUGAUGUACUUCAGGCACCAGUAUACCUGGUUGCUUUAUGGUCCUUUUUAUACAGACUCUGUAAAUACUUUUUCUAACCACCCAGUUUGAAUUUUCACCUGAACCUAGUUGACAUGGCCGUGACCUCCUCUCCUGGACUAGAGAAUCCCUGUUCACUUCGACCCAGUGCAAGUGUCUCUUUUCCUGUGAAACUUCUCUGACCCAUUCAGUCAUUGUUGCUUACUUUCCCCACUUGUGCCCUCACACAAUCAAGUACAUAGCUCUUAUAUAAUUCUUGAUCCACAUUUGUCUUCCGUACUAGACCAAAUUCCUUAAUGGCUCAGGAAUAUUUUCUUUUAUCCAUGCACUCCCAGUUCCUGGCAUGUAGUGCAUGUUCAACAAAUUAUUAAGUGACCUAAUGUAACUACUCUCACCUCCCUGUCUUCACUAACUGGAAGAGCCCUCUUUCGAGUCUCAAUCAGUGUUCGAAAUCCCAUUCUUUCAAUUACUCUGUGUGUGUAUUUAUUUUCCCUGCCCCAUUCCUGUCAGCUAAAAUAUAUUUUAGCUAAAUAUCCUAAAUUCUCCCUGACUGUCUUCUACCUGCUACCCUGGCUUUUUCCUUUACAGCCAAGCUCCCCAAAAGCAAAGUCUACAAAUUCUGUCCAUUUGUUCAUUUCCCAUUCAUUGUUUAAUCCACUGCAAUCUAGCCCUCAGCUACACUACUUCAAUGAAAUUGCUCUUAUUCGAAGCAUCAAUUAAAUACCAGUUGAAUGGACUCUUCCUAUUCCUCAUACCACUUCUCUCUGUUGUACUUUACCUCUUUCACUUCUUUAUAGAAAUUCUUGCCUUCUUCCUGUCUCUGGCCACUUCACAGCCUUUUCAGGUUCUUCUAAUUUUAUGCACCAUUCAAGUGGUGAUAUUUUUCACCCUCCAGUUCUUGCUCUUUAUCUUUUCACAAUACACAGUCUUCUUGGGUGAAUUUAUUUUGGGUGGCUUCAAUUCACAAUGUUAUUGCUGAGCUCCACACUCAUGUGUUUACUUAAUUUCUGAUUAUUAUUCCUUGGACAUUCUACAGACAAACUAGGUAAACAUAUUCAAAGACUUCAAUUUUCCUUUCUCACUGGUGCCUUCUCCUUUAUACUGUAUCUUGGUGAGUGGUGCUCAUGUCCACUUAGAUAGUGAUGUCAUGGACACCUGAAAAUUGUUCCCGAGCCUUCUUUUCCUCUAAUACACUGUCACCAUAUCCGUUUGUUCUCUAUCUCAGAUUUGCUUCCUCCUUUCAAGCCCCCAUGACACUGCCUUCAUUAAGACCCUCAUCAUGUCUCUUAUCCUGAGUUCAGCAUCCUCCUGUGGCACCCUGCUUGCAUUCUAACCCUCCUCCAGUCCCUUCAUCCUUCACACCUCUGCCAGGUUAAUCUUCCCAAAACAUAACUUUCAUCCUUUCACUUACUUGAUCAAAAAGUUGGAUAGCUCCCUAUUACCUACAGAAAGGCCUAUGUACCUUUCCAAACCAACCUCAGCUUUUCCUCUUAUAGCAGCUUUCUACUGUAGCCAAACUUGGUACAUCCAUUCUACCUUUUUGCCUGUGCUGGUGCCAUUUCUCAUGCCUAUACUGCUCAUCUUAUUUCUGAACAGAUAUCCUGAAUCUCCCUCAACGUUUAGGGCCCACCUUAUAUUCUGCUUCUUCCCAGAACACUCCAGUCCAGAGUGAUAAUAGCCAAAUACACCUUGCAAUCUUACAAAUUGCUUCUGCCUGAGAGGUCAACACUACCAGCUCCAUUUUAUGAAUGAGAAUGAAAGAAUUGAGGCACAGAAGUUUGAAUGACUUACCGGUGGCUACAGAGCUGCCAAGAUACAGAGCCUGGGCCUACCUAGCCUUUAGUCUUCUCUUUCCAGAUCUGCUUUUACCUCAGUGACCACUCCCUCUCUGACCUCACAGUAUUAUGGUCUUCAUCACUCCUUCAGUCCUCAAUCACAUACUACCUGUGGCCAGCAGAAACAGGGGUCUUGAGAGUCGGGGGCAAGGUCUAAGAAGAGAUCACCCUGUAUUUGACAUUGAAGUUGGCCAGGAAGUGCACAAGGGAUGAACCGAGCUACCUGGAAACUACCCUUGGGAACAUGGUCUGUGAAUGGAGGCAGUGGAGCUUGCUCGCUCUGCACGCUGCUUCACACCUGAGGAGGUCGUUGCAAGAGCCCCGGUCCUGGGCACGGUCAUGGGCAUGGGGUCAGAUAUGGGUAUGAGCUUUAUGGGGCUGCCACUAGUUGACCAGAAACACAAGAGUGGUCACAUGGAGCCCGUGGUACUGGCCUGUUCAUUGUGCCGACAGAACCUGCAGGCUGUCGGUGCCUGACUCCUACCCUGCCAGCAUUUGCUCUGUAAGGACUGCUUCCAGGGCUUGAUCCAGGAGCUGAGGCAGGUUGCCAAGGCUUGUGGGACUGUCUCAGAUGAGCUCAUCUCCUGUCCUGGGUGUAAGCAAGUGGACCUCACCAGGGAUGUAACUGAGCGUUUUUUUCUGCAGUGCUUUUCUACUGGGCAAUCCAAGAUGGCCAGGAACUGCUCCGAGUGCAAGGAGAAGAGGGCAGCACACAUCCUCUGCACCUACUGCAACCGCUGGCUGUGCAGCUCCUGCACAGAGGAGCACCGGCACGGCCCAGCCCCCGGGGGCCCGCUCUUUCCCCGGGCCCAGAAGGGCCCGCCAGGAGUGACUGGUGGUUCUGGGGACUUCGCCUUGUACUGUCCUCUACACACACAAGAAGUGCUCAAGCUAUUCUGUGAGACUUGUGAUGUUCUAACAUGCCAUAGCUGCCUCAUGGUGGAACACAAAGAACAUAGGUGUAGACAUCUUGAAGAAGUUUUGCAAAACCAGAGGAUGCUUCUGGAAAGUGUGACUACACAGGUGGCUCAUAAGAAAUCUAAUCUACAGACCUCUGCAAAGCAAAUUGAGGACAGGAUUUUUGAAGUGAAGCAUCAACACAGGAAGGUGGAAAACCAGAUCAAAAUGGCCAAGAUGGUUUUGAUGAAUGAGCUGAACAAACAGGCCAAUGGGCUCAUAGAGGAGUUGGAGGGCAUUACUAAUGAGAGAAAGCGGAAGCUGGAGCAACAGCUACAGAGCAUCAUGGUUCUCAACCGCCAGUUUGAACAUGUGCAGAACUUCAUCAAUUGGGCUGUCUGCAGCAAAACCAGUGUCCCUUUCCUGUUCAGCAAAGAGCUGAUUGUGUUUCAGAUGCAGCGAUUGCUGGAGACAAACUGUAACACAGAUCCUGGCUCCCCUUGGAGUAUCAGAUUCACCUGGGAGCCUAACUUCUGGACCAAGCAACUGGCUUCCCUUGGCUGUAUAACUACUGAAGGUGGACAGCUGUCCCGGGCAGAGACUCCUGCUUAUGGAGGCUUACAGGGACCGCCAUCCUUUUAUCAAAGCCAUCAGUCCCCAGUGGCACAGCAAGAGACUCUCAGCCACCCCUCACAUAAGUUCCAGUCUCCAGCACUGUGUUCCCCAUCUGUGUGCUGCUCCCACUGCUCCCCAGUCUCACCCUCCCUCAAAGGUCAGGUCCCCCCACCUGGCAUACACUCAACUCACAGCUUCAGGCAACCCUCUGAGAUGGCACCCCAACAAUUGGGGUCUCUGCAGUGCCCUGCCCUGCUGCCCAGGGAGAAAGAGCUGGCUUGUAAUCCUCAGCCACCAAAACUGAUGCAGCCCUGGCUGGAAACGCAGUCCCCUGUGGAGCAGGAGAACUCGUCUCAGCGGCCGGGGCAGCAGCUGACUUCCCAGCCAGUGUGCAUCGUGCCCCCGCAGGAUGUUCAGCAAGGAGCCCAUGCCCAGCCCCCCUUACAGACCCCCUCCAUCCAAGUCCAGUUUGGCCACCACCAGAAGCUGAAGCUCAGCCACUUUCAGCAGCAGCCACAGCAGCAGCUGCCACCUCUGCCGCCUCCGCCGCCCCCACCCCAGCAGGCGCCGCCGCCACCUCUACCUCCAUCCCAGCACCUGGCUUCUGGUCAGCAUGGAAGCCCGCCUGGGCCUGCCUGCUCCCAGAACAUGGAUAUAAUGCACCACAAAUUUGAGCUGGAGGAGAUGCAGAAGGACCUGGAGCUUCUCCUUCAGGCUCAGCAGCCCAGCCUGCAGCUGAAUCAGACCAAAUCUCCUCAGCACCUUCAGCAAACCAUUGUGGGGCAGAUCAACUACAUUGUGAGGCAGCCAGCACCCAUCCAGUCCCAGAGCCAGGAGGAUGCCGUGCAGGCUUCAGAUGAGCCCCCAGCAUCUGAAGGUCCAAAGCCAGCUCUCCCUCUUGACAAGAAUACUGCUGCUAACUUGCCCCAGGCGUCUGGGGAAGAAACCCCUCCCAGUGUCCCCCCACUGGACAACACCAUCCAGCACUCCUCUCCAAAUGUGGUGAGAAAGCACUCCACUUCGGUGAGCAUCAUGGGCUUUUCCAACACACUGGAGAUGGAGCUGUCAUCUACCAGGCUGGCAAGGACCCUAGAGCCACAGAUCCAGAGCGUGAGCAGCCUGCCUGCCGCCCCUUCCCACAUGGUACCAAGCCUGCUGAGCAGCACCCCCACAACUGUGUCCAGCCUGAUGAGCAGUCAAAACCAGGCUAUGCCCAGCCUGACAGUGGGUCAUCUGCCGACCAUACCCAGCCUUGUGCGCGGCACACCCCAGUCCGUGCCCAGCCUGAUGAGUGAUUCCUCCCAGGCCAUCACAAGCCUAGCAAGUGAUCAGUCACAGGCCAGGCCCAACCUGAUGUCUGGUCCCACCCAGGCUAUGCCAAGUCUGGCGACUUGUCCUCUGCAGAGCAUGCCUCCAGCUUCUGACGCGCAACCAGAAACUGGAUCCAGCUGCAGUCCUGGCUCUGGGCGAGCUGUAGGGAGCCUGUGCCCUGGAGAUGGGGCUGACCCCUCUCUCGGGAAUGCCCUGUGUAAGAUGGAAAGUGAGGAUUCUACCCGCUUCACUGACUCUCUGAGACAAGACUCCACAACCCCUGGUCUGGAUGCUUCCAAGGAUUUGGCUAUCCCUUCAGAACUAGAGGAGCCAAUUAACCUCUCUGUGAAGAAACCCCCACUGGUCCCAGUGAUCAACACAUCCAUGGCUCUGCAACAGUACCAGAACCCAAAAGAGUAUGAGAAUUUUAAACAAGGAGCCCUGGAAUUGGAUGCAAAAGGGAACCAGAGUAUCAGGCCCUUCAACAGCGAGCCUAAGAUUCCCUAUGUGCGACUGGAGCGGCUCAAGAUCUGUGCUGCCUCCUCGGGAGAGAUGCCUGUGUUCAAGUUGAAGCCCCAGAAGAAUGAGCAGGAUGGGAGCUUCCUGCUGAUCAUCGAGUGUGGCACUGAGUCCUCCAGCAUGUCUAUUAAGGUCAGCCAGAACAACAUGCCUGAUGCCAUCCAGGCCCCAAGUCUGGGGGGAAGAAAGGUCACUGUCACUUCUCUGGCGGGGCAGCAGCCACCAGAGGGGGAGGGUGCAUCUCCUGAAGAACAAAGACUCAUUCCUCGGACCCCUGGAGCCAAGAAGGGGCCCCCGGUACCAAUAGAGAAUGAGGACUUCUGUGCUGUGUGCCUCAAUGGGGGAGAGUUGCUGUGCUGCGAUCGCUGCCCCAAAGUGUUCCACCUUUCCUGCCACUUGCCGGCCCUGCUCAGCUUCCCCGGGGGAGACUGGGUAUGUACCUUGUGCCGCAGCCUGACCCAGCCCGAGAUGGAGUACGACUGUGAGAAUGCUCGCUAUAAUCAGCCUGGAAUGCGGGCCACUCCUGGCCUGAGCAUCUAUGACCAGAAGAAGUGUGAAAAGCUGGUACUGUCCUUGUGCUGCCAUAGCCUCAGCCUGCCCUUCCAUGAACCUGUCAGCCCGCUGGCUCGGCAUUACUACCAGAUUAUCAAGAGGCCCAUGGACCUGUCAAUCAUUCGGAGGAAGCUGCAAAAGAAGGACCCAGCUCACUACACCACCCCAGAGGAGGUGGUGUCAGACGUCCGCCUCAUGUUCUGGAACUGUGCGAAGUUCAAUUAUCCCGACUCAGAGGUUGCAGAGGCCGGCCGCUGCCUGGAAGUGUUCUUUGAGGGCUGGUUGAAGGAGAUCUACCCGGAGAAACGGUUUGCCCAGCCAAGGCAGGAGGACUCAGACUCCGAGGAGGUGUCAAGCGAGAGUGGGUAUUCCACUCCGCAGGGUUUCCCAUGGCCCCCCUACGUGCAGGAGGGCAUCCAACCCAAGAGGCGGCGGCGACAUAUGGAGAAUGAAAGAGCAAAAAGAAUGUCAUUCCGCCUGGCCAGCAGCAUCUCCCAGGUGUGAGAGCUGGCGGUACAGCAAGCACUCUGGCAGCUGGCGCCCCAUCCUGUUGACCACUCCUCCCCACCUUUCAGCUCAUUCUCUUCAGAUCGUGGAUGUGAGACAAGUCUUGUCGAGCUGUGUAGUGCUCUUUGCCGUUUGCAUCUUACAACAUUCAUUUGGGAGCCAUAGUGCAUCCACUACAGAGAAGAUUUCAGUAAUAAACAGCAAAGAGGGAGGUGUUCCCUAUUACCAGAAAAAUCAGAUGUGUGGGGUCCACUUGACAAGACCAAGUCUGGUCAGGCUUGGGAGGACUUAACUUCCUUGGUGACUGCUCUCUGUAAGGAGAGCACUUUUCUCACCUUUCAGUGUGCAGGGCUCAGGAGCAAUGUAUCUAUCUGAAGUCCUCCUGGGUCCAGAAGAGGGUAAAAGAAGGGAGAGAGGUUCUGACAUAUGGCAGGCCUGUGAUCCCUGGCCCAGCACAGCCAAAGACUGUCACUGUUUGCCUUUGCUUGGCCUGCCAGGACAGGAAGCUGCCCUGGGCAGGGUGAUGGAGGCUUCCAGAGGCCAUAGGUCUCAAUUGGUGCCUAUUCGGGUUCUAACGGUUUUCAGGGUAUUUGUUUCUCAUGCUCCCUGUCCCGAUGUUGACUUAGGUGGCCGCUAUGAAAGUGCUCUAGGUGGUAUGUAUGGCAUUCUUGACGGGGCCAGGUGGCUGUGCAGGGACCACCGACAGCUUCAGGCUCAGACGUGCAGGCUUAAGGAGAUGUCAACUUCAGAGCCUGUCCUCUGUGCCACUUACUUUGGGUUAAUAACUCUUCUUUAGUGUCAGAACCUGCCUUCCUAGAAGUGAUUGUCAGUGGCCAUCCCUUCAUUGUCUCCACUCAGAGAUCUGGAGCCCGAGUUCUGCUUGGGUAAACCUGAGAGUUGGGUUGGGCAAGGGGAGUGACCCAGAACUGGCUCGCUGUGCUAGGCUUCUCCUCUGUCGUAGAGAUCCUAGUUCUCAGCCUUUCCACGUUCGCAGAGCCAAAGAUCAGAAGUGAGUUCUCUGACUCGCUCACCCCCAGGCUGUCUGAAGCCCCCAAAAAAGUCAGGACUCUACUGGCAGCCCUUUUCUGUUGGAGGUUGGAGAAGGCCAAAUGGACUGCCAGGAGCGUGGUGUAAUCAUUCAUGGGGGAAGUUCUGUCUAGGGUAGAGAAGAGGAAACUGACAGGUGAGAAGCCAGUGUCCUUCAGUGACUUUGAAGCAACUUCAGGACAUCACUUCUCCAAGAAUGCAGAAGGAAAUGUUCUGGAAGCCAUGGGAACAGGAAUUCCAGACUCUAUCUCAGAUGGAGAUGGAUCUUCAUGGUCCAUGUGGGGUGUUUGGGGAAGGCUGCAUAGGCAGAUGCUGGGGGUCAAGCUACUUCCUCAGCCAGGACUUGGUUGAGAAGGACCCUAUUGCUGAUGGUGUUGGGGGAGCUGCAGACCUGGCGCUUCAGUGGGCUGGCUCAGAGACAUCACUUUGUCGUGGCUUGGCUUUAUUUUUGCUAAAAGAUGAAAUUUAAGGAAGCUGUUGUUUGUAGGGCCUUUGUUAAGGGGAACAUUCUGCUUAGAGGAAGCUCUGCUUUCCUUGUCAGUCGGUGGUGCUGCUCAUUUCCUUCGCCACCCAGGCUGAGAGGCCAUCCUCUGCCGGCCAUUCUUUCACCAGCACCUGCCAGGCUCUCCUGCGCAGACAGGCUUCCAUAAUCCCGUUUCCCAGUUUGGGGUAACUAAGUCUUUCGUGCUUCACUAGCCAGGCAAUCUUUAGACCUAGCCCUCUGUUCUUUGGGGCUCACAUGACUCUCUGGCUUAGGCUCUGGCCACUUUCCUUUCAAUGUUUGAAUCGUUUUCUCUGUUUAGUUGACUUGGCGAGGUUCCCUCUGUAAUUACCUCAUGAAUUCAUGCUCUAGGUCAUCUUUCCUGUGUUGUGGCCCCCAUUUCCACCUUCCCUGAGUGAGAAUCAUGGUGCUUUGUGUCAGAUAGCCAGGUGAGGGCUGUGGCAGUCUCAAACCUGACUGAGAUCCUUCCACAGGACCAACCGGAGACUACAAAUAUAAAGCAGAAAUGCGGGGCUAAAUGCUUAGCUCCCCUUUUAUUCGUGAAGCUCCUAGCUGAGUAUAGCCUGCUGGGCCAGGGGAUCGUAGUAACGUAGUCAAGAGUCACGUAUUCCUUUCCCACCGCAGAGACCCUGCAUGCUGAGAGGCCCACUUUCGGCACCUGAGCAGAUGUAGGGUAUCCUCCCUGCAAGGGUGCAAGGCCAUGGCCCGCCACACCACCCCUGCACUGCUUACCCCACACCACUGCCCUCCCCCAGGCUUUUCCUGUGUACUUAGCACCAAUGUUUUGUGUCAUGGUUUUUGUUUUGUUUUGUUUUGCAUGCAGAAAACAGAACAUGACUUUUUAUAAAUUAAAAAAAAAAAAAGCUGCUAGCUGAGUGACUGACUUCAGUGGCUCUUCCUUAACAUCUGAGCUGUUCCUGCUUUUGACUCACUCCCACAAUGGCCCCUUUUGAAGUCAGGCAAGUCCUUUGGCCCUUGACAAAGUCAUGAAAUGGAAAUACAGCAAGCUCCGGGGCCUCACAGUAUAGAAUGCAGUCCUAGAGGAGAAGUUGGGCUCCUUGGAUGUGGGAGAAACAGGAGAGCCAAGCGGCUUCAGUGGAGGCAAAGGGGGGGGUUUUCAGUGCAAACACUGCUGCAGGAUGAAUUGCAGAGUCCUCUUCCAGAACGUGGGCAGGCUGGCCCUACCUGACUCCUAAUAAUUGCCAACUAUACCCUCUGCAGGUCCUCCUCCCACAGUGGCAGCUGCUGGGCCCUCUGUAGGCUCUGCGCCAGGCAGUCCUCACCAUCAGACUCGGUGGGUUCUGGCUCCCUGUGCCCUCUUCUGGUGACAGCUCUUUGCCUUGCUCCUAAGACCUAGACCCCUCCUUAUUUGUUCCUGGGCUCUGCUCUGCUCCCUCUCUGACUCCAGGAUGCCCCCUGUAGUUUUCCCUUCUGAACCCCCCAACACCUUCUGGAUCACCAUGCCCUGUGCUUCUUCUUCUGCUUCUCCCUCCCUCCCUGCUGUUUAUUUAAAUGCCUGCUCCUUUAGCUCAGUUUCCUGACCCUCUCUCUCUCUUUCUUUGUUCUCCCAGUCUUUCAGCCUUCUCCUGGUGAGCUGCUUCCUCUCCCUACCCUGAACCUGUGACCCAUCACACACUGACCUUUUUUAUCAGCAUCCUGAACUUUCUUAUCCUCUCCAUCUCAAAACUUCCCCUGAAACUGCCAACCAUUCUCCAUUUUCUGCAUCAGCUUAUUUGCUGCUCUGUCUUCCUGGGUUGCCAAACAUGACAGAUUCAGAGUUGACACCCUCAGAUGGGCUGUCAGCAUUGAAUGGGUAUCUUUGAUGUGAUUGCGUUGCUCUCUGUCCACGCCCCUCAUCUUUGCUUUCAGCCAAUGACUGACCUCAUUGCCUAUUCACAGAAAAGUCCCUAAAGCAAGAACCUCCUUGCCCAUUGGCUCCUUUCUCCUUCCCAUCUGUCUGUGUCUACAUCCCUCCUCACAUCCUUCCCUUUUGCUCCUGUUGGGUGCUCUGUUUCUUGAAUCCUGCUGUAUGGCCUCCAAGACUUUGCUCUGCCCCUCAUCCACUGCCCCAUUUGCUGGGGUCUUAACUUCCCUCUCACUGGUGCUCCACAUAGCCUACAAACAAGCAAAGGUCUCCCCAAGACUAAAGCAAAACGCUUAGGGUAUGUUGCCCCUUAUACAUUUUCCUUAUUAGCCAAGUUUCUUUUUUUUUUUUUUAAUUUUUAUUAUAAAAUUUUUUUUAACAUUUAUUUAUUUUUGACAGAAACAGAGCAUGAGUGGAGGAGGGGCAGAGAGAGAGGGAGACACAGAAUCCAAAGCCAGCUCCAGGCUCUGAGCUGUCAGCACAGAGCCUGAUGUGGGGCUCGAACCCAUGAAUCACGAGAUCAUGAGCUGAAGUUGGAUGCUCAACUGACUGAGCCACCCAGGAGCUCCCAAGUUUCUUUAAAAAAGGAUUUUUUCCAUUAGUUCUUCUCAGUCGCUCUUCAACCCUCCACAGUUUUUCAUAAAAGUCACCAGUGACCACCCAUUGCCAAAUAGAAAGAAGACCUUUCAGUCCUCAGCUGUCUGGAACUCUCCACAGCAUUUCACACCACCUCACAGCAUUUCUACCACUUCCUCUUUGAAACAGCCCCUUCACAUGGCCUUUAUGACACCAUAGGUCCCUGGAUUAUUCUCUUACCUGUCAGCCACACAGGCUGAGCUUUCCUUAAAAUCUUGACAAGGGAACACAUCCAUAGCGCUUUGUGGUCUCUCCCCUUCAGGAAUUGGGCCAUCAGGAGGAAGCACAGCCGCUCUGCUCCCCACCCUCUAAGUCUCCCAUUUUCCUUGAGUCCGUUUCUUCUCCUGGACUCAGUUCUCCCCAUGCCAGUCAUGUUUAUGAACUCUCUAGGGAGGACAGCAUCUGUGAGCCCUUCCCUCUGUUUUUCCCAGUGCAUCAUGGAGACAGGUUUUAGCUUUAGUCGCCAAGAGGUCCCAUCUAAAUCAGCCCACGAAUGUGGAUUGAGCCUUACCAAGAAACAGUUUGAUAAAUGGGAUUCCCAGGCUGAUGGGCAGCUCCCAAGUACAAGUUAGAGGCACUUGGGAUCAUGGUAUACCAUGUUGCCAUGCAUGGUUCAGUGAGCUCCUAACCAGGAGGAGGAUCCUGGCAGGGGUGAGUGUAAUACUCACCGGUAAUACUGGUAAUACUCUGGUAGAGGGAAAACUGAGAAGUGCUGUGAUUCAUCACUUGCUUGGGGCUCUGCUGAGGUCAUCCUGGCCUCUUUAGCCAGGUCUUUCCCAUCUGAUCACCACCACCUGCUUGCUCCAGUUGUUCCUAGAGCUGGAGGUAGAUGGUAGUUGUUUUCUUGGAGGUGGGGAAAUAUACUAGAAACUUACGUGACUUGAGAUGCUGAACACCUAAAUUUCACCUCUGCCAGUUAUGAGCUAUGUGACCUUGGGUACAGUUUCCCCUUCUAUAGAGUUGGUGGAGGGGGGAGGGUUGAAAACAGGGAUCUCUCAGAGGCUUUAUAGCUGGAAAGAUGGUGAUACUGAUUCUAACUCUAAAGCUCAGGCCACACAGGGAGCAAGGGAAUGUUGGGGAGUCUUGGCCAAGAUAGGGCAAAGGGACUCACAGGCCAAACUGAGGUGCUUUGAGGAAAGCAGCUUUGAGCUGCUUCUUGAACUGUAUACCCAUUCCUCAAGCUGCAUCUCUUUCUUGGAUAUCCAGGGUGAAUUCCUCUUAGGCCUUUUUCAGAAGUGGCCAUUAGAUCCAAAGUGGUUGGGGGCAGGAGGGAGGAAUAUUGUAAAGGGAAAUGUCACUGAUCUUAAAAGGACCUACACAUUCAAGAACAAAUUAAAAAAUAACACUUUUCUUUACCAAUAA